AAUGUGAAGAAAUUGCUUGAAAAUGUGGAAAGCAAAGAUUAUUUAUACAAUAGUCUUCUUCUUACUUCCCCAGCAGUCGUGUUGUGGUCCAUGAAAGAUGGAGAGGCAACACUUAACCAGUGCACCCAGGGAGGGGUACUUGUCUGGUUUGUCGAAGACAUGACUCCACCACUCCACAAUGCUCUCUCCCUCCUUGAAGCUGGGGAUGGUCAGGUCAACACUGAACCGCACAAGUUCCCUCUGGAUAUCCUGGUCUGCUGGCAAGAGGUGCCCCAGCAUACCACUCAGCCUGCCAAGAUAUGGAAGUACCUGCAGCUUUCAGUUCUUUUUAAAUCAAGGCUGAAUACUUUCUUCUUUGCUGCUGUCUUUUAUUAAAUCAAAUUUGAGACUUUUAAUUUGAUUUCUUUCAGCACGGACAGCACUACAAAAUGGCGUCUCCACUAUACAGUGCCCUAUUGAGGUAUUUCACCCACGUGACCAAGUCACGUGACCGCAGCCAUUUUGGACGGCACGCUUAAGUCCUUCAGUGCAAGGCGGUAUGGGAUGGUGGAGACCUUUGCACAUUUUAACAAGAAAAAGUUAAUUCCAUCAUUGGCUAUUGCCUCAGCUCUGAAGGCCUCGGCCUUCCCCGUUACAUAAAAAGAGUCACUGUGAAUGAUGCCACUGUCUUUUACUAUGACAGCAACAUGCAUUCAACAGCACCAUGUCCCGAUUGGCUCAGCACCACAGCUUGUCAACACUGGAAAGACAUGAGCUUUGCAGCACAGUACAACCAGAAACGUAUGUCUGAAGCACUCCAAACAGCCAUCAAGCAGUUCAAUCUCACAGGCACCUUUUCAGAUAUUAAUGUUUAUCAAGCUUGCAGUCGCUGUGACCUCUAUCCAAAUGGCACAGUCAAGACAUUUUUAACCCAUGGGUUCAAUGGGAUGGACUUCUUAACUUUAGAUUUUGACAGUAAGACGUUCAUACCUUCUGUUCCUCAAGCCAUCAUAUAUAAAAGGAUUAGGGAGAAGGAUGAAAUCUUGCUUGAACGUGUGAUGGCUUACUACAAAAAGACCUGUUUUGACCACCUUAAGAUGUUCUUAGAGAAUUCUCCUGCAGUCAACAUGAAGAAAGCUCCAGAGGUCAGGAUUUUUGAGGAGCAGAGAGCUGGUUCCACUCUCCUCACGUGUCAUGUGACUGGGUUUUACCCCAAAGCCGUGCAGGUGAAGUGGAUUGGGGCAGAUUUACAGCAGGAGGAUAUCGAGACGAAUGAUGUUCUGCCUAAUGGUGAUGGCACGUAUCAGACCAGAAGGAGUGUGAUCAGACCUGAGGAGAACACAGGAGAUCAGCACUACAGCUGUGUAGUGUAUCACAGCAGCGUCGAAGGAAAUAUUACAGUCACCUGGGGUAAAGAAGAGAAACUCUUCCGGCUUCCUGUUUGGAUGACGUUAGUCUGCAUUUUCAUGGUUACUGUAGUUGGGCUUGUAAUACGAUGCUUCAUUAAAAGUAAAGAUGCUGUGACUGAAAGUGAUGACUCAUGAGAAGAUCGAGCUGUCUAUCCUUGAUCUCGAACUCCUACAGUCCUCAGGUCUAGCUGUUUCUUCUUGGAUAUUUGCACAAAUCUCUUCGUUAAGGUCAAUCUAAAUGAAGAAUCAGAAUCCUUUUUUUAAUUUUAAUUUUUUUGUUUACAAAAGCUAAACGACACGGACAUAGUGUAUUCAUCACUUGACCAUUCACACGAACAAAUUCUCAGUGUUUAGCACAACUUCAUCAGAAUCAGAUGUUUUGUUUUGCAAUAACGGAUGUAUCCGGUUCUCAUUUUAACAAUCUCGGGCCAUUGUGAUCCAAGUAAUUUUUUUUUUUAAAACCUCUGAAUAUUUUAACUUCUUAGACUCCCAGGAACAACCAUCUACUGCAUUUACUUUCAUAAUGACAGACAUGUCCUUUUAGGUUCACUGUAGCAUGUGAAUAAUAUAUUUUAAGAUAAAACUGUUUCUAACCUGGCGACUUGUCCAGGGUGUACCCCGCCUUUCGCCUAUAGUCAACUGGGAUAGGCUCCAGCUUGCCUGCGACCCUGUAGAAGGAUAAAGCGGCUAGAGAUAAUGAGAUGAGAUGAGAUAAAACUGUUUCUAACCUGGCGACUUGUCCAGGGUGUACCCCGCCUUUCGCCCGUAGUCAGCUGGGAUAGGCUCCAGCUUGCCUGCGACCCUGUAGAAGGAUAAAGCAGCAAGAGAUAAUGAGAUGAGAUGAGAAUUUCUCUGUUCUUCCCUAUAUUUAAUAGGAUAACAUAAU